CCCGGAAGUGACAUGGCGGCGCCCGGUGCGUAAGCGUCGAUUGGAAGUGGACGAUUUGUCUUGACUUCUGACAAAUGUGGAGUUUUUGUCUUCUCGGGAUAUCUCCGCUCCGUGCACUUCGUUAAGGAUGGCCGAUUCAGGUGCGGGUGAUCCCAGUGGUCAUCGCAUGCCAGCCCCCGGAGGGGGCGGGAGGGGCCAACUGAUGGGCCGCCGAACACCGGCUACCAUCUCUGCGGGUCGCCUUCCCGCCAUGCGUUCUCGAGAUCUCACCCUGGGCGGAGUGAAAAAGAAAACAUUUACACCCAACAUUAUUGGCCGCAAAGUUAGAGAAGAUGCCAAAGAUGAAGGUGGGCAGAGGAGGGAGCGGAGGGAUGCGACCCGAGGCAGAGGUCCGAGAGAGAGGGGCCGGGGCCGGGGUCGCCCGGAGAUCAUCCAGUCCCACUCGAUUUUUGAGCAGGGGCCGGCAGAGAUGGCCGUCAGAAAAAAAGGUUAUGAAAGUGAACGAGAUGCCCCAAGCAUAGGACCGUCCCCCAUCAUCAAUAUUAAAAAAGAGAAGAGAGAAACUGAGGAAGAGACCAAAGAAAUCCUUCGCAAGCUGGAACAUGAUGGCUUCAUAGACGAUCCAUUCCUGCGGGGCGAACAGAGAAGCUGCCCGGUUCAACUUCCUCUUGCUGUGUCAGGAUGGGGUUUCAAGGAGGAAUUCCGUGCUCCUGCUAUUAAAAUCGAGAAAAUGGAAGAAGAUGAGCUCAUGGAACCUGCAGUAGAAAUGAAGGCAGAGCAGGAGGAAGUGGAAACAAAGAAGUCCGAGGCUGCUUCCAAGCCUCCUGCGCUCCCCGAGCCGGACGUCCUGCCGGAUCUUCUUCACAAGUGGAGUCUGAGCAAAGGGGAGGAGCUGUUCUUCAUGCAGCUGCCCGACACGCUGCCCGGCCAGCCGCCUACCAAGGAGUACAAGCCGAUCAAAACCGAGGUGGAGUCUGAGGACGGCCAAUCUGUCCUCCUGAAAACAGAGUCUCAGGAAGAGAAAAAUGAAGAUAACAGCUGUAAUUUGAAAGAUCUCCGAGAGGGUCUCGUGGGGAAAAUGCUGGUCCGAAAGUCCGGUCGCGUGCAGCUCAUAAUGGGGCAGGUGACGCUGGACGUGUCCCUCGGAGCGUCAUGCGCUUUCCUUCAGGAACUGGUUUCUGUUGACACUGAGGGCCGAACAGGUGACUUGACUGUGUUAGGCAAUGUCAAACACAAAAUGGUUUGCUCACCAGACUUUGAAUCUCUGCUGGAGAGCAGGUGAUGAUGUUUAAUGCCUGUUAUGUUUGUGACUGACUGCUGUGUCAUAUGAAAGUGUGCUAAAACACUAAACGAUAAAACUUUAAAUGAGACCAAAAGUUUGUUGCCUAAAGGCACAUUAAAAUUCAAUGAUGUGCCAUAUUUCAGUUUCACAUUUCAUUAGUCUGCAUUCUAAAAUAAUUUGGCUGUACAUGGAUGUAAAUGUGUGAAUAAAAGUUUUUGUUAUCAAA